AUGAACCAAAAUAUUACGAGCUUGUUUGUUGCAAAUGAAAUGAAUGGUAGGAAGUACGGUACAGUUGAAAAUAAUACAACAAUUAACAAAAAUCCUCGAUGGAAUAUUAGCUUUUUCACCGAAUAUUUUGACUGCGAAUGUUGGCAGAAAGUUGAAAAUAAUAAUUUCAAUUUCCAUAAAGAAACAAGUUAA